UGAUGAACAAGAUAUCUUCUAGAGUUCUACAAUCUACCAUGCUAAGUGCGAUUGCUUCAGUUGUAGGGAAUUCAAUAGAAAUUGUAUUGUAAAUUGUGUGGUAAUUGGUUUUUCUUUUUAUCAGCAAAAUGUCAGGCGUAACUAAUUUAUCAAACAGUGAAAAAGUAGAACUUAUUGAGCAGGUGAAACAACAAAUUGCGGUGGCUAAUGCCCAAGAACUAUUGACGAAAAUGACAGAAAAAUGUUUUAAAAAAUGUAUUAGUAAACCGGGUGUCACAUUGGAUUCCUCGGAGCAGAAAUGCAUUUCGAUGUGCAUGGAUAGAUACAUGGACUCUUGGAAUUUGGUAUCGCGUACAUACAGUAAUCGUCUGCAACGGGAGCAAAGCAAAAUGUAGAAGUGAACCACAGGCAAUAAAAGUGUGCUCUCGCUCCUACAAGUCAUGUUAUAAUAAGUAUGCUUUUCCUAAAAUUUUUGUUU